AAGUCGAUCGUUUCAAUGACAUCGAUUGCGGGAUUAAAUACAGAGCAAUUAAAUGAUGGACGGAUUACAAGAAACAGAUCAAACUCUGCCCUUUAAUAGACCAGCAAACAAGGAGUUAAAAGUGCCAAUUUGGAUGGGCAAGCAUCACUCGCUCACCAACUCAUCCCCCCUAUCAUUCGUUGUAGCUCUCCCUGCGUCACUCUAGACUCCAGCCUGGAGCAGUCGAAAGAAGAGAGCGGCGCAGGAGUAAUUUCUCUUUUUCAUUCUCAGUGCUGGAGACAGCUCUUUGGUCGCCUUCGCCCACCGCAGCUGAUCACAGCCCAACACCUCCCGCACCUCCUCCCUCCCUCCCUCCCCCCUCUCCCAUCCCACUCGAAGCAAGUGGAGGCCUUCCGAAACUCAUUGCAAAGAGAGUUGGCGUCUGCAGAGCAAAGUUGUUCAGCCGCUCUCUCUCUCUCUCUCUCCCUGCAGGGUUUUAUUUUCGGGAGAGAUCGACUGCAUAGGCAGUUGAUGUCUCUUCGGCUCUCUGGUUUCUGCUUGUAACUUUGCAGAAACCUCACAGACAUGUUGUCCAGAAGGUAAAAAGAACGUAAUUUGACUCAGUAGAAAUAUAACAAAAUAUAUCUGAAAUAUUGAGACGCCAAGUAUCAGAGCCGCAUGUGGGACUCGAACUGGAUUCUCCCAGCGUCUCCGUUAUCUUGUACUUGGAGGGAGAGAGGGGGAGGGAGAGAGAACCUUGUAUGAAAGAAGAGCGUUCAAUGACCGAUUUUGAAAGAGUUUUUCUCCCCCUUCGAUGUCUCUCUCUCCUUCUCCCUCUCUCCCUCUCUGGGCGAACCGACGAAGCGAUGCAGCCGGGGAUUUGCACACCAAAUUAAUCCAGCACAAUAUGGCAGAUCUACACCGUGUUUAGCAAGGAGAGGAGCAACGGGCUUUGUAUUCUGCCAUGCAUAGCACACAGCAUUGCACCGAUGGCCCCAAUGUACCAAGUGGACAAUGUUGGAUUCAGAAAGAAAUGAGGUAGAAAUCAAUUUACCUUCACGCCUCUCAAGAUGUCAUGAAGUGCAUUUUGGCGCACGUGUACCAGUUGGAGGACAGAAAGGUCCUGAAGAUGACAACCAGAUCACAAGGUAUGGGCUCGCAAGUGGAAGUCUUCUCCCCUCACACAAUUCAGUCAAGUGCCUUCUGCAGUGUGAAGAAGCUGAAAGUGGAGCCGGGCUCUAACUGGGAUAUGACCGGGUAUGGUUCUCACAGCAAGGUCUACACCCAGAGCAAGAGUUCGACCAUCGCACAGCCGACAGUCAGCACCUCUAUCCAAGCUACCAACCCCACCCUCUCCUACGAGCAGGCGGUGAUAUUCCCAGCCAGCGCUGGCCACAUUGUCUUUACGACCGCCAACAGCACGUCAGGGUUAGUGGCCGUCUCCGCUCAGGCACUGGGAGCCCCUCAGAACCUGACGCGCCGCAGCACGGUGAGCCUCCUCGACACCUACCAGCGAUGCAGCCUGAAGCGGAAGAGUGAGGAGCUCGAGGACGCCAGCAGCGUGCAGAUCAUUGAGGAGCACCCGCCAAUGCUUCAGAACGCCACCAGCGGAGCCACUGUUGCCACGGCGACCACCUCCACUGCCACGUCCAAGAACAGCGGCUCCAACAGCGAGGGUGACUACCAGCUCCUGCAGCACGAGGUGCUGUGCUCCAUGACCAACACGUACGAGGUGUUGGAGUUCUUGGGCCGCGGGACUUUUGGCCAAGUGGUCAAGUGCUGGAAGAGGGGGACCAAUGAGAUCGUGGCCAUCAAGAUUCUGAAGAACCACCCUUCGUACGCGCGGCAGGGCCAGAUUGAGGUGAGCAUCCUGGCCCGACUGAGCACGGAGAGUGCAGACGAUUACAACUUCGUCCGGGCCUACGAGUGUUUCCAGCACAAGAACCACACUUGCCUGGUCUUCGAGAUGCUGGAGCAGAACUUGUACGACUUCCUGAAGCAGAACAAGUUCAGCCCACUGCCCCUCAAGUACAUUCGGCCCAUCCUGCAGCAGGUGGCCACGGCCCUGAUGAAGCUCAAGAGUCUGGGCCUGAUUCAUGCCGAUCUCAAGCCAGAGAACAUCAUGCUGGUGGAUCCGGUCCGGCAGCCCUACCGAGUCAAAGUGAUAGACUUUGGUUCAGCCAGCCACGUGUCGAAGGCCGUCUGCUCCACUUACCUGCAGUCCAGAGCGCCAGAGAUUAUCCUGGGAUUGCUGUUUUGCGAGGCGAUCGACAUGUGGUCACUGGGGUGCGUAAUCGCAGAGCUGUUCUUGGGGUGGCCGUUGUAUCCGGGAGCAUCGGAGUACGAUCAGAUCCGUUACAUCUCACAAACGCAAGGGUUGCCGGCAGAGUAUUUGUUAAGUGCAGGGACAAAGACAACACGGUUCUUCAACAGAGAUCCAGAUUCAUCGUAUCCACUGUGGAGGCUUAAGACACCAGAAGAUCAUGAGACAGAGAUGGGAAUCAAGUCAAAGGAGGCAAGAAAGUACAUUUUUAAUUGUUUGGAUGAUAUGGCACAGGUGAAUAUGACCACGGAUCUGGAGGGAAGUGAGAUGUUGGCAGAGAAGGCAGACAGAAGGGAGUUUAUUGAUCUGCUAAAGAAGAUGUUGACCAUUGACGCAGACAAGCGAAUUACUCCAAUUGAGACACUGAGCCAUCCCUUUGUAAUGAUGACCCAUCUACUUGAUUUUCCUCAUAGCACACAUGUCAAGUCCUGCUUUCAGAACAUGGAGAUUUGCAAGCGAAGGGUCAAUAUGUAUGACACAGUGAACCAGAGUAAGACACCAUUCAUCACACAUGUGGCUCCAAGCACUUCAAGCAACCUUACAAUGACUUUCAGCAACCAACUCAGUACAGUUCAAAACCAGGCCAACAGUCUGGCUCCCACAUCCACAAGUGCCACCCUUUCCCUUGCCAACUCUGAUGUCUCCUUACUUAACUACCAAUCUGCACUUUACCAGCCUUCAGCAGCUUCCAUGGCAGCCGUUGCCCAGCGGAGCAUGCCACUGCAGUCAGGAGCCUCACAGCUGUGUGCUCGACCUGAUCCCUUCCAACAGGCCUUAAUUGUGUGCCCGCCUACGUUUCAAGGAUUGCAGGCGUCCCCCACCAAACAUGCUGGGUACUCAGUCCGAAUGGAGAAUGCUCUUCCUAUCGUCACACAGGCUCCGGGGGCUCAGCCGCUUCAGAUCCAGCCUGGCCUACUAACACAGCAGACGUGGCCUAGUGGAACCCAGCAGAUUCUUUUACCUCCAGCAUGGCAGCAGUUAACAGGAGUGACGACUCAUACCUCAAUGCAGCAUGCUACUGUUCUUCCAGAGACAAUGGCUGGGACCCAGCAACUGGCAGAUUGGAGGAACACUCACCCACAUACUAGCCAUUACAACACCAUCAUGCAGCAGCCUGCUCUGCUGGCAAGCCACGUGACUUUGCCAUCUGCUCAACCAUUGAAUAUUGGUGUUGCUCAUGUAAUGAGGCAGCAGCCCACCUCAAGCUCCUCGUCAAAGAAGAAUAAGCAGCAGUCCUCCGCCAGAAAUACUUCAUACGAAGUGUCCUCCUCCCGUAGCUUCAGCUCACACUCACCGCAGCGCUCAAAACGCGUCAAGGAGAACACUCCUCCUCGCUGUGCUGUAGUGCAGGACAGUCCGGCCUGUAACACCUUGACAUGUGGCUGGGGAGAGGCCACCAGCACAACCCAGGAGAAUCAGAGGCAGACCAUUGUCAUUCCAGACACACCCAGCCCAGCGGUCAGCGUCAUAACCAUCAGCAGUGAUACGGAUGAUGAAGAAGAACGCAAACGUGUACCCAACAGAUCAUCAAAGCAGAGGAAGAAUGUGAUCAGCUGUGUCACAGUUCAUGACUCGCCAGAUUCAGACUCCUCGAGCAGCAACAGUCCAAGUGCAGUGCGACAGCGACACACCAUUGGCAACAACACCACCUACAACUCGACCAAAGGACACUCGGACAGCCACUAUGGUGGAAACCCACGGACUAUCAUUGUCCCUCCCCUCAAGACACAGUCAAGUGAUACUGUAGCAGGAUGUGAUCGCCUUGUCUCAGGUAUACAGGGGCAACAUUCAUUGGGACACAAAACCAAAAACUCCAGCAUAGUAACAUCUAGUACAAGCCACUCUUCAGGGAGUUUCUCGGGGAUAUCACCUUACCGGCAACAGAGGUCAACGGCCCAUUCCUUGCAACAGCAACCACUUAAUCUCAGUCAGGCUCAGCAACAUGCGACAAGCAUACCGGAGCGGAGUGGAAACCAUGGACAUCGAAGACAACAGGCUUACAUCACACCGACUAUUGCACAGGCUCCUUAUUCAUUCCCACAUCGUAGUCCUUCACACACAACUGUGCAUCCUCACUUGGCUGCAGCUCAUCUACCGGGUCAGCCUCAUCUGUAUACCUAUGCCACACCUGCUGCCCUAGGCCCCACAGGCACGGUGGCUCACCUUGUGACAUCGCAGGGCUCUGCCAGGCACGCCUAUGCUACCCAUCCUGGGGGAAUAGUUCACCAAGUGCCCGUUGGCAUGGGGCCAAGAGUACUGCCUUCUCCAACCAUCCAUCCAAGUCAGUACCAACCCCAGUUUGCCCAUCAGACAUACAUCAAUGCUUCGCCAGCCUCAGCUGUCUACACAGGAUACCCACUGAGCCCAACCAAGGUGAACCAGUAUCCCUAUCUUUAAGACUGGAGGUCAAUAAGACAUUAUAUUGAAUUAAAACAAGCAACAAUGCAUCUCACAUUUGGGAAGGCACUUCAGAAAUGGGCUGGAAGGAAGUGUGCCUGGUCACAGAAUGAGAAAAACAAAUCUUUUUAUGAGAAGUUUGUUUUUUUAAAAAAAAAUCACCAAAACUUAAGUCUGUUAAUUGACCACUGGUCAGUGACGAAGACCUUCAAAGGGGAGUCGAUAGUGGAUGGAUGGAGGAGAUUAAGGAUCUACAACCUGGAAACGACUCUCAGAGUUUGGUUGAAAUUUUAUUAGUGAAAUUCAGUAAAUGUACUACAGCUGUUGACUUUCCCAAUUUUACUUUUUUUUUUGGAAAAAUAAAGAGCUGCUCUUCCUUUUCUAAAUAAAACCAUCCUUGUGAAGGUAAAGGUUGCCAGGGCUCCUUAGAAUGUAGAGAGUCAAGGAAAGCAUCAUUUGGUGACACGAUACCAAUAGAUAUUACUUGUGAUUACACAACUGUGAUUCAGCCUAACUCUGUUCUUAAGGCGUACUAGAUGUGUCUGUUCAGAGCUCCAGUGUGUAUGUGUGUGUGCAUGUGUGCUGAUAUUCUUGUCUGUGGUUUCUUUAACAGAGAGCUUCCUAGCAUAGGCAUUGGUUUUGAACAUAUUCCCUUUUAGUGCCUUACAGAAAAGGAUGAGAAUUCCACCAGAUUUCAUAUAGAUCAAUGUCAAUACUGAGACAGUCUCCCAAUAGUGACUCUUGGGCAUUAUGAUCUUGGGUGGCAGAAAGGACUAGCUGGAGGAGACCACCAGAGGACAGGAUAAGGGUACCUUUGAAAAGGGACUUGGGUGGUGUUUAAGCAGAGAGAACGUGCAGAUGCUUGUUUUCUUGAACUCCCACUCCGCAUGGUAUAACUCUACUGGUUCCUACUCGAUUGCAUUCCUCUUCCCAUGGCCGACAUCAUCAGUAGAAGAGCAAAGUCUCAAAGAAGAAUGCACCUUUUAGCCCUUUAAGUACAUCGAGUUUUCAUUUAAUUGAGGAAUUAAUUAAUGGUUUUCCCUUUCCCCCUAUACAGUACAUCAAUUUGCCUAUUUCUGGAACAUCCAUCACCCCGAAAAAUAGAUCUAAAUUCUUGCCAAUGAUAAAAUCACCAGUGUCCUCCUCUUAGAGGUAUCAAUUGUAAUGAACCAAUAACUGUCUUCAGUUAAUUGAUGCUGGCAGGUAAAAUGCUUUACAGCAUUGUUGAUCCUGUCGUAUCAGGGAGAAAGAAAAUGUAAGGUGAGGUAACACAGAGUUGCUGUACCCCAAAACACUCAAAGUCUUGGGAUUAGUUUAUGUUGCAUUAUCAGAUUUCAGUAUUACCAAUAAACUUCAACCCUCCCAUACUAGUUCUGCUUAGUAUUUUUCAUCCCUGGCUGCAUCAAUGUCUCAUUCCAAUAUCAGCCAUCUUUUUCAACGAAGCAAGCAAAUUGCUGCUAUUUUUCUCUGACAGCAUCACUCACGUAGAUGUCAGAACAGUGGACUAUUUCCUGUUGUGCACAAUACUGACCAAGCAGGACUUUGAUUUCCUGCUAUCUUUCUCCCUCGCUCUCCCAAUUUCAUGCAAUAUUGAUGAGCCUAGACCUAACUGUAUGGUACUAUAAGCUCAUAGGCAAACUAGCCUACUCCUGUUCCUAUAACUCCUUAACUGCAUGUUAGUUUGAUGUUUCUGGGUACUCUGUUGGAACUUCAUUGGCAAGCACUGAUAUGCUGUUUCACUCAACAUGGAAUUACAGCUCAGCCCCAUUCUGUCCAAAUGUAUUGGCAAAUGUGAAGGUAUGGGCUGAGGGUUCUGCUAUACCUGCUCAACCUUUACUAAACAUUAAGACCACAUAUGGCUCCCCUGACUGAGUCAGCCUAAGCCUCCUGUAACGGGAUUUUCAACAAGUCACUGAUUUGAUAGGCAGAGGCAAGAGGGAUGAAACAGUUUAAAGAAAGAGAGUAUUAGUGGUUCUGAUUACCACCUGAUGGUGAAAAGCAUUGUGAUUCUGUCCGUGCUUGUGUGUUUUGGGGAGUAAAAGGCAGAAUGAGAAAUACAAGUACAGGAAUCUUUUUAACUGGUACAUUGUCAUAAUUAAACUAGGCUUUUUUCUUGGGAAGAUAUUUUAGAAGUAUUUUCUUGAUCAAUACACAAUUUGUGACUGACAUUUUUGAAAGAAUAUUUCAAUUUUUCCUUGUCAGAUAGGUUUUAAAUGUAGCUGCUGUUUUAAAUAUUUUGAUUGACUAUUGAUUUUGUUUUAUUUUCCCUUGCCUCUGGAUUUCCUUCUGAUGACAACCAGCUCCACAUAAUUUAGAGGGAACUAUUGAAUUUCUUGCUAUUUGUUUCAUGCAUUGUAUUUAUUUCCUAUUGGAGCACUGUUGUCCAAUAAAAAUCUGCCGUCUACAGGGCCAUCUAUAGUUAAUGAUAGCCAUCCAUGCUCAUUUUAGUUAGAUUAUCCCGUCCUGGUAAAUGUAAAACUCAUAUACAUCUACUUGAGAAACAUCUUGUCUCACUCAAAAACUAUGUAACAGUCCUGAUGAUCAACACUACUUCUCAUUUUGCCAUUUUACCAGGAAAUGUAAAAAAAAGGGUUCAUUUGUGUAGAUCAUUUGAAUAUGAUACCUGUUUCCAACUGUUUCCCAAUGAGCAUGUGGUCAGUGUCUUAUCUAACACUGCUUUGGGGCAAAUAACUGUUAAAAAUAUGAAAGUGUAGAGAAUGUAUUUCUGAACACAGAUGUGAUUUUAAAGGACAACAUGAGCUGCAUCAGCUGGGUUCCAACUGGCCAAGGAAGAAGUGCAUUGGAACUUUUCCACAAUUUGAAUGAUCUGGUGACAACAAUAGUUAUGUACAUUCUGAAGGCUGAGUCUUAUUUUGGGCCUUCUGACAGCAGCCAGCUGCAACCCAGAUGGGGAAAAGAGUUGGUUUAGUAUAAGGAUGGAAACACAAAGAAAAGAACAAGUAAAACAUGCAUAGUAAAACAAAAUGGCUCUUGUCACCAAAGAAACCACAUUUUAUUGCAUCAUAUGUUCUUUGCUGCCCCUUGACCACUGAUUAUUUUAUGAAGUUGUCUUCACCCUUUUUAGUAGGAGGGAGCUGAAACUUGUUCCUCCUCUUGUGUAACUAACUCUAAUUUCCUAAUUUGUUUUUUUUUCUUUAGAUUGUAAUUUCUUAGUUUAAUGAUGACUGGCAUUGCUGCUAUUUUGAUGUAUUUAUACAUUUGAGUGAAUCCAUAUCUGUUCUGUGUGUAUAUACAUAUUUAUAUAUAUAUAAAAGAAGAAAACAAAUGUUCCUAAUCAUCAAAUCCAGAAGGGUCUCAAAAAUCUACUGAGUACCAGGUAAAGUGAGCUGUCUGCACAGCAUAAUUUUAAAAUCAUAUGAGAAUCAAUUUUUAUUCUGUUUAAUGAAUUUAUUCAUGUACCUUUUAAAGACAUAUUGAGAUGCAAAUGUUCAUCAGUCUGCUCAGUGUCAACCACAAGCCCUUGUCCACAAUCUCCACAAGCACCCUCCAAGGCCAGUGGAUGAUAGCAGGUUUGGGCUGAUGGGGAUUAACCAAUCACACAUGCAAAUAUUUCAUCUGAGAUCAAUGUGUGGCUGAUAUUUCUGGGUAGCUUGAAUCCAUUUGAUGUUUGACUUUUCAUAAUACUGACUUAUUUGCAAUACAUUUUUUUGCUGCUCACUGUACUUUGGUUGUUAAAAAUGAACUGGUAGCGUUUUUGCUUUGUCGUCCAAGUGAAAUGCUAUGGCAGUGGUGCGUUUUGAGCAUCUUUACAAUUCGGCUGAAAGUGCCUUUCAUUCAGAAGACCUCCCAUGUAUAUUGACAAUAAUGCAUGGCUUUUACAAAAGAAUGUGGGUUUCAUACAUACAGCAGAACGUUGCACCAGUUCUCUGAUGCCAAGCAAGGAGUAUAGAUACAACAAAAAACUAGCCACAAUUCUCCAAUGCAGGCUCCCCUUCGGCAACCACAUAGGAACAUCAUUCUGUUAAAUGGACAUGGUCACAUGUGGGAGAUACUAUCACAUGCGUAGGAUUAUAUAGAUUGAAGACAAGAAACAUAGUUUGACAUGGAUUUUAUUGGACAUUUUACUAAACCACAUGUUGCUCAAAGAAACCCAGAAGAGAAACUGUGGUGUUAUACAAAUUUUUCCUGUAUCCUUCAUUAUAUUUUCAGGAGAUGAAGAUGAAGAUUGUUUGUGAUAUAUCAGUUUGGGGGAGGGGAUGACACGGUCAAGAAUAUGAUCGAUAGGACUGACCCAAAUCACCACAAAUCUGGGAUUUUAGAGAAGCUAAAGAAAAACACCAAAGAAAUUCAGGAGUUACAUCCUCCCUCAUUCUAUCACUUUCUUUGCUUUUUUGUUGAUCAUAUUGAUAGCUUUCUGGAAGUUUUCAAGCAUAAAGUUUAUCACAGCCGGAAAUGUGUGAAACUUUAUGGGGUGGGGCAGCUGCAUUUCAGCUAUACACAGUGCUAUUCAGAUUUUCUUAUUAGCUGCCAGAUUGCAGAAAUUGUAACAGUUCCUGCCUUGGGCUAUAACAAAUUUAGGUCUAGUACUAAUUUUGUGCAAAUAUUAUUUUUAUUACACAAUUGAACUAAACUUCACCAAGAUAUAUAAAAAAAAGUUGUUGAUUUAGGCCUGCAACUAUAUUAACUGGCUGUGUUUUUUUAAGCUCCCAAUUAGAUGCACUCAAAUUUGACAUCGUGGUGGAGGAAAGGGACCUCUUUCCCAAAAUAGUUUCAGUUUUCCCCCUUUCCUUCUGGUUCUUUGCUGUCAUGCUGAUUAAUCUGAUGUCUUGUUCAAGUAGCCAAUCACUUGUGGAGACAGGAUUUGCCAGGAAACGAAACAAAGAACAACAACUGAAUCAUGACCCAAGAGGCUUUUUCAAAGCCCCUAACAUUAGCCCUGCUCAAAGUAGUUCUCCAAGUAAAUCUUGGAAUUUCCUACUCCUUGACAGAAUUUACUAAGCCAUCAGGGAAACACACUAUUGAACCAUUACAGUAUAUACAUUUUAAGCUCAGUGGCACUUUACUGUCAUCUAUAAUACAUACCAACUCCAGUUCUGAAUUGAAAGAAUAGUGAAGUUGAUAAAUUGUUCAUGCAGCUGAGCUGAUGAGGAGAGAGAUUGGUGUGAUGGUUUCAAAAAGCAGAGGAAUGGAGUCUGGUGAGAAAUUGAGAAGGGUUAAGGUAACAGAAUCAAUGAAUCAGGACAAUUGUAUUGUGUAUAAUUCACAAAAAGGAAACUUGCAGGUUACUGUGGUUGGUAAUGUAGUUGGUAUAUAUUAUAGUUGCAUUUUGAGAUGCUUGAGUAAAAGUUUAAUGUCCAUCACUUGCAAUAUUUUCAAAUAAAAUUAUAAGUAAUUGGUUUGUAUCCUCCACCAAUAAAAUCUGUACCAUCAUUAAAUAUUCUGCUUUACGCAUUGGAGAGAAUCUUGAUCCUUUGAAUUGAUUCAGUUAUAGUCUUAACGAGAACCAAGCCUGACUCUGUUCUUGUUCACACUUUGCAGAAUAUAAACUAGCCAGGAGUAGCCAGGUUACAGUGAACUGUAACGAGCACUGUCCUAAAAUGCCAAUACUGUUUAAGUGAACUCUGUACAGCCUUCCUCAAACUGUUGUGUCCUGCAAGGACAAUGUCAAACCCCAAACGUUGCACUGACCUACCAAAUUUUAACUGUCCAGCCUGGUAUGGUUACACCAUUCUGUUCUUCCUUGCUAUCCUGCAAUGCUUAAAUACCCUGUCUACUUCAUGCUUCUUGCACUACCUAUUUUUAGGAUGCACACACUGUACAGAUUCACUCACAUAGUUAUACUCUCACUUAGUUUCACUACUAUUACAGAACUGGCUAAACAGCAGCCAAGGCAGGUUGGAGGAUGACUGGUUUUCCACUCUAACCAGCCAAGGAUAGUAAUAAUCAGGAAAACAAUGAAGUGAGAAGUUAGAAUGAUUAACCUACAAUACACAGAUAACAUUUUCUCACACACAAAACAAAAAUUUGCUUAUCCUUAAUGUCUUGGUAAAUACAACAACACAAGAAAAUAGGCUCCUCAUGCCUGUCCAGCCAUUUCAUUUCAUAUCAUGGUUGAUCUAAACUGGUCUCAUUUGUGCCAGUUCCCUGUAAUCCUCAAUUCCUCCAUCUUUCAAAUUUUUACCUAUCUACACCUUAAAUAUAUAUAUCAAUCUUGCCUCUACCACUGUCAGGAACAGAAUUCUAGAGACUCACUACUCUGAGACAAAAAGAAAAUCUAUGUACCUUAGUUUUAAAUGACUGGUCCCUUACAUUGUAGCUAUGUUCCCUCGUUAGUAGCUCUCUCACUAAUAAGAACAUUUCAAGAUCAACCCUGUAAAGCCCUUUAAUAUUCUGUAUAUUUUAACAAGGUCACCUUCAUUCUUUUAAACUCAAAGGAGUACAGAUCAAAACAGUCUAACCUCCCUUGACAGGACAGACCUCUCAUCUCAGAAAUCAGCUUGGUAAAUCUUCUUUGGAUUGCUUACUAUGUCCUUUCUUAAGUAAAGGAAUCAAAACUGCACAGUUUUCCAGGUAAGGCCUCACCAAUACUCUGUACAACUGUAAUAAAGUCUCCCUAUUCUUAAACUCCAAUCCUUUUGCAAAAAAAUGCUGUUUGCCUUCCCUGUGAACUAUUUGUUGGACCUGCCUACUAACUUUUUUUUAUUGAUUCAUGCACUAAAAUAUCUAAAUCUCUUAACUUCACUCAUUUGAAAUCUCACUCCAUUUAGAUUAUAUCCACGUUUGAUUUUUCUUAUUGAAGUGUAUGGCUCCAACAAUUUGUCACAUGAAAUUCCAUUUGCCUGGUUUUCAUCCAAUCUAUCUGUAUUCCUUUGCAGAAUCAUAAUGCCUUCAUCAUAAAAGGCCCUUCCAACUUUAUUUAUAUCAGCAAAUUUGGAAAUUAGAUAUUUUGUUUCCUCCUUCAGGUUAGAAAGCUAACAGUUGAAAGUCAAGAAUGAACCCCUAGGUUACUCUAGUAGUUAUACCCCUCCAGCCAGAAAAAGUUGCACUUACUCCAACUCCUUGUUUUCUAUAUGACAGCUAGUUUUCAUUCAUUUAUCAGCCUGGUAUAUGUAAUGUUGUCAAAUAACGUUUGGAAAUCCAAAUACACUAUAUCAACAGGUUCCCCUCUAUCAAGUGUUCCUAAUGAUAUCUUCAAAGAAUUUGAGCUAAUUUGGCAAAUGUAUAUUACCUUACAUAUAAACAUGCUGACUAGAUUUGAUUAAAUUUAGCUUUCCUGAAGAAUUAGUUGUUUGAUUAGGGACUCUAGCAUCUUGCCAAAAAAUAACUGCUAAACUAACAGGCUGAUAGUUUCUCACCUUCUGUUCUCCCUUUUUGAACAAGUCACUCUGGUACCCUCCUUGAAUUUAGUGCAUUUUGAAAAAAUUCAACCAAUGGGUUUAUUAUCUCUUCAACCACUUCCUUUAAAACUCUUAAGUGAAGUAAGGAAUCAAGUUUCAUUUCCACCAACUCAAACAAUUAUUACGUGAGUUUUAUUUUUGCUGACCAUGACAAAAUGUGCGGUAGAAUGCCAUUUUGAAUUUCCUGACAGGUGCAUGGACUUAAAAGUUUUUCAGAUUCUGGUAGAUAUGAAAUGAUCCCACUUAUUGAUAUAACUUUCUAAAUAUCUCACCAGUCUGAAUUAGCAGAAGAGGAGAAUAAAGGGGAAACAAGGAGAAAUGUCAUUUGUCAGUACGGGGGCACAUUUAUUGGAGUCACAUGAAUCAUUGGACAAUACCCACAUCCAAAGUUUGGUGCUGGUUUAUCCAAAAUACAUUUUGAGUUUUAUUUUAAACUAAGAAUCUCAUCUCAUCCUCGUUCGGCGUCAAAGUUAUCUGAUUACCUGUAUUCAUUCUCUGUAGGUUUGUGUAUCAAAGUGUUUCUCUGUUUUUCUUUGUGGACUGUCUUUUUGCUCUGUGGUUUGUUGUCUUUUAAAGGCAUGGGUGCAGGGUGUGGGGUGGGGGGAGGUGUGAGAUGUUGUAGGAUUAUAUGUACAAUGUAGAAAUUUAUAUCUUUGCCCCAUAUUCUAGAUAUGGUUAUGAGAAUGUUUAUUUUACCGAAUUGUAGAGUGUUUAAAAAGAAAAUUCAACCAGAAACUCAGUCGUAGCUACUAAAUGUUUUUUAAAAGAUGUUGUGAGCUCACUCUUAACUGUUUCAGUUGUAGGAGGAAUGAGUGGAAAUUUUUAUGGUCUCAUCUUGAAACUAAUAUUAGAAGCAUUGUAAAUUAAAAGAAGAUUUUAAUGGAAAAAUUAUAGAGUAUAUAGUUAUUUUAACUGUUACUACUAACUGUAGGGAGAAAAGGGGGUCUAUUGUUGUGAACUGUUUAGCUUGUAGUUCACUGGUUGUUGAUCAUUUUUUCGGUCUCCAAGGUGAAUCUGCUUAUCUCCUAAUCAGAAUAUAUACACUCACAUAUGCAUAUUGUAUAUGUGCAGAAAUGUAAUCACACACUGUCUUGGAUUUGCAUUAAACUGUUUUAAGUCACCACACAACCCAGUCUUUAUGUUGC